AAAAAAAGAGAAAUACAAUAACAUUUGCAAAAAAUUAACAAAAAAAUUAAUGAAAAUGUCGUUAUUUCGGAAGCCCAAGAAAAUACAGCGGCGAGUGUUCUCUAGCAAUGUCGACGAAGACGAGGAUGAAACCGCAGCCAUUGCGGACUCGGAUUGUGUUGCCUCAACCGAAGAUUAUAGAGCCGACGGCGUUCCAUCCAACAGACGCGAAAAGGAGAGAUCAAGGAACAAAACGAAGAACCAAGAGGAUAAGCCGAAGGCUUUGUUAAGUUUUGCAGACGAUGAAGACGAUGGUGAUGUGUUUCAGGUGCGAAAAUCAUCCCAUAGCAAAAAGGUGAUGCGUAUGCUGGAUAAGGAGCGGCGGAAGAAGAAGCGCGAGGAACGCACUGGUGGAGGAGUGAUUGGUGGUCCGAGUGGUGACGGGCAACAGCAGCAGGAAAAUGGUAGUACACAUCAUGCUCAACAUUUAGAGUCGUCCGGGGACAGUGUCAAAGUUUUGGGUUCUUCUUCGGCGGCGUCUGCAAAUUCUUCCUCUAGUAGAUAUAAUAAGAGUAAAAAAAGUGAUAAUGAUAUGAUCCAAACCGAAAUACGCACAGACGACUUUGUGUUGGUUGUCAAGAAAUCGGAAACACCAGAAGCCAUUUUGAAUGGACGUGCCGCCCUUUGUGCUGGCCGAGAUGAUUUGAGCGACGAUGAUGAAGAAAGAACGGCUGAUGAUCAGGAUAAAUCGACACGACAUCGAUUCUCCAAGCCAGAGCAUUUGAAGCAAAUGCUUGAAAGUGGUUCCAUACCCGAUGCAGCUAUGAUACAUGCAGCACGCAAACGACGCCAACGGGCCAGGGAACAGGGUGCUGCUGAUUAUAUUCCGGUAGAGGAACCCAAAGAGCCAAAUAAACUAAGCACUCGCCUGCCCUGCGAAGAUGUCGAGGGAGAUCAAUCGGACGAUGAGGAACGAAUGGAUAUGAACGAUAUCACAGGGCGCAAGGAGCGUGAAGAACGCCGCGAACAGUUUUAUGCCGUUGAGAAUGAUUUGACCGAGGAAGAUUCCGAUCAUGAGAUGCAUGAAUGGGAGAAUCAGCAAAUACGGAAAGGAGUCACGGGGGCACAAUUGGUACAUGCUCAACAUGAGACGGUGCUCUCACGGUUCAUGAUCAAGCCCGCCAUGCCGGCAGGCGGUUUAGACGAUGAGGAGGCAAUGGGCCUGCAACCACAGUCCACAUCCAGUUUACUGGAACAAGCUUAUGCCAAGAGAUCUCUGGAGAAAUCUCUACGCUCUGUGAAUAAAGUUAGAAAUGUGGAAAAGGAGAAAAAGACAGCAGCGUUGCGUACACCGCAGGAGAUGCGAACGGCUCUGCAGACCCGACUUCAGGAGCUUAAAGAACGAUCCGACGACCACAAGGCCAGCAUGGCUAGAAUUGAAUUGGAGUUGAAAUCACUGAAAUUACAACAAUUGGAAUGCCAGCAAAAUGCACCCACAGCCGCAGCCAAAUAUAAAUUCUAUCAAGAGGUUAAAUGCUAUGUCAAUGAUCUAGUCGACUGUCUGGCCGAGAAGACACCGCACAUUCAAGAUCUGGAGAAGCGUACACUUCAGCAAUAUGGGAAAUAUCAACGCUACUUGGUCAAUCGUCGGCGACAGGAUGUUCGAGAUCAGGCUAAAGAAAUGGCCGAAGCUUCAAAACCCAUUUCAUCAUCUGCUCGCCGUACACCGGAAUAUGAGGAGCAAGUUCGCCGAGCAGCAGAACGUGAGGGUCGUCGGACACGCCGACGCUGUGAGCGAGAACGUCAGGAUUUGCUUUCAUCUCAUCUUGACGGCAUGUCCAGCGAUGAUGAAGUUCCAGAUCAGCAGCAAGAACAACAUUUACAGGCGACUGGACAAAUAAAAUCGCAAACCCUGGAGGCUUUCGACGACGUUAAUGAUGAGUUUUAUAAAAUUGAACUGGUAUUGCUUAAGUUCUAUGCCUGGCGCAAGACCGAUAUGCCCUCGUAUCAGGAUGCCUUUGUUAGUCUAUGCCUGCCCAAGAUAUUAACUCCGCUGGUGCGACAUAAACUGCAGCUUUGGUCACCGCUGCUGGAUGAGUAUGCCGAUCUGGAGACAAUGCAUUGGUAUCAGUCCUGCAUGCUAUAUGCCUGCCAAGCGGAUGAGACUACGGAGCAAUUGAAAAGCGAUCCCGAUGUAAAUCUGGUUCCGGUGCUAAUAGAGAGAAUUAUAUUGCCCAAAGUUACAUCCCUAGUCACCGAAUGUUGGGAUCCCCUCUCUACAACACAAACCUUGCGACUGGUAGGCUUUAUCAAUCGUUUGGGCCGGGAAUUUCCAUUGAGUGCAGCAACAAAUAAGCAGCUCACAAAGCUAUUUGAGUCAAUUAUGGAGCGAAUGCGUCUUGCUCUCGAGAAUGAUGUCUUUAUACCAAUCUUUCCCAAACAAGUUCAAGAGGCAAAAACCUCAUUUUUUCAGCGUCAGUUCUGCAGCGGUCUGAAACUAUUUCGCAAUUUUCUUAGCUGGCAGGGUAUACUGGCGGAUAAACCACUAAGGGAGUUGGCCAUUGGAGCCCUACUCAAUCGCUAUCUUCUGAUGGCGUUGCGUGUAUGUUCGCCAAAUGAUGCCAUUAACAAGGCUUACAUCAUAGUGAAUACUUUGCCAACUGUAUGGAUAUUGCCCAACAGUGAAACUCUGCGGAAUUUAGAAUUAUUCAUCAACUAUAUACGACAGACUUUGGAUAGUUGUGAUGCCAACAAUCCUAUAUAUAUGCAAUCUUGUGACAAGGCUAGGGAAAUUCUACAAAGACUACAUAGCACUUAAAACAAACACACAUCGUUAUAAAAAUAUCUGAAUUAAGCAAUCCAAAAUAUUACUACAUUUUUGUACAUAUAAAUUUUAAUACUGCUCAAACUAAAAAAAGGAAAAUCAUAAUGAAUUCGAUCCUAAUUUGUUGUAGACUUUAGGCUUUAAAAGUGAUAAAUUGUGGAACCUUCAAGUUUUUUUUAACUUUAUUAGUUGAU